AUGGUUAGCGAACUAGCAACAGCUAAGGGCCUCAUAACGCGCUUCUGCAAUAAACUAGAGCAAUUUUUGGCCCGCUUCAAGGACCAACAGCUCGAUUCAGUGCAGGUUAUCAUUGAAGACCACUCCAGAAACGUCAAGCUAGGCAACCUAUGUCACCUAGAAGGAGCGUUCCUUCACGCACGGUACGGCAAUCCAGAGGAAUUGAUCCAGAAACUCAUCGACAAACUCGACCAUUACAAGAUACGAAGUGAAACCCUCAAGGACCAACUCACACUCUUCGAACAGGUGCAAGUAACAGUCCUACAGCUAAAGCAAAAGGGGGAACACGUAGACAGUCAAGUCAUGGUUAAGAAAGUGUUGAGCAAAUUUCCUGCACAUAUCCAGAGGAGAGUGCUAGCGAAGAGACGUACACUUCCAUCGACUACUUCAUCCACAAUGGAAACGCUUUUCAACAUAAUCGAGGACGUCUUGUCCGAGGAAGAAAUGAUGAACCUCUACGUCAAGGAACCAAUGUCCACGUCACAGACAACAUCCGCCAAAGAGUUCCGAAAACAGGAGAGUCUCUGCAUGUACUAUAAAGGCGUACACAAGUCAUCUCAUUGCGAUACAUAUAAGACCUCGAGAGAAAGAACAAAGUACUUACGAGACCGUCGUCUUUGUCAACUCUGCGCAUCACAGCACAAGACAUAUGAAUGCAAACGUAAGAAUUGUUUCCGAUGCGGAGGACCUCACCAUUCAUCAUGUUGCUUCAAGACCACGUCAACAUCAAACAACACCCAAGAAGUAAAGGAACAAGUGGUGCAGGCGGUACGAACAGACAACAAGGUGAAGAAGCAAGUCAAGAAAACUCAGAAAGUCAACGUAGCAGCCGAAAAAGAGCAAGUGGAGGAAGGCGAAUAA